UCAAAGGAAAUGAUUAACAGCGAGCUUGAACAGUACAAAGAAAAUAUAAGAGAGCAGGAUCAACUGAAAGAAAAACAAAACCAAGAUGAUGAACAGAAAGCGCAGAAACUCAGGAAGCUCCAAGAAGAAUACAACCAAGAAAAAGACAAAUAUGAACGUGAAAAAGAAAAAGAGGAUGAAAUCAAAAUAGAACAAGAAGAGAAACUAAAAGAGUUGGAGGAAAACUAUAAGAAAGAAAUUGAAAGCAUGCAGGAAGACAUGGAGAAGUUUAAAGAAGAGGCCAGACAAACAGCUGAAGAGUUCAACGAAUUCAGAGAAAAAAAUGAAGCUGUGAUAGAAAAACUCAUGGAGGAGGUGACGGAUCUAAAGGAGCAACAUCAGAAAGACCUGCUGGGAAAAAUGGAGGAAUAUGAAAGAUUAAAGGAUCUGUCAGACUACAAAGAAAGUCUGAAGCAGGAAAUAGAUGUUCUGCAGGGUAAACAUAAAUCAGAAAUGGCUGAUUUAGUCCUGAUGCUCCUGAGUCAAAAGCAGGAAAACAAGAAAAAAAUUACAAGUAUGCAGGAAUCACACAGAAAAGAGGAAGAGAAGCUUAAAAAGGAUCUUUCAAAUGAGAAAAAGGAAGAAGAGAAGGAAGCAAUUGGCAAACUAAAGAAGAAACAAAGAGAAAAAAUGAAAGGAUUCAGGAAACAGCUUUUGACCCAAAACAAAGACGACUGGGAGACAGAAAGGAGAAAGCUGUCCAUCCAACAUGAAAAAGAAAUUUGUGAUUUGAAGCAAACUCUUUUAACAAAGCAGCAACAAAAUAAAAAGGAAAAAUUGGGUAAACUAAAAGAAGAACACGAGCAAAAACUGGACAAUUUCAAACAAAAGCUUCUGAAAGAAAAUGAAAAAAAUGAGAAAGAACAACUUGAUGAGCUGCAGAAGAAACAGGAAAAAGAAAUUAAUGAACUAAAACAGAAACUCGGGACCCAAGAUGACGACAGUACCAGGAAGGAACUGGAAGAAAUGCAGAAAAAACACGAAACAGAAAUUAAUGCGCUGAAAGAAAAACUUCUGACUACAGACAAGAAACAGCCCUGCUUUGUCUCAUGA